GGAACCUUGGUAUCAAGACAGCAAAUGCUCAAUAAUCAAUGAGCUAUUCUCAGAUUCUAGUCACUCCGCAAUCAGAACCCUUGGAAUUUCAUCUUACGGGGUCCUCCAUAGUCAUGCAAUUAUCAUGAUCAUCGCCAGCAGUAACACUCUCUACAUUUGCGUCAUACCUGAAUUGUACCAAGGAUUCGUAGAAGACAUCUUGCGUUGUCUUAUUGCAGUCUGUUAAUAGCAUCCACGAAAUAAACUCCACUGGUCUUUUACUGAUUUCUGAUUUCGAGCGAGUGAUACUUGACAUAUUGCUAAAAAUUCGAAAAACAUUGUCAUGAUAAUCGUUGAUGUUCAGUUCACUGGAAUUACCAGGAGUUAUUAACCAACAGCGGGCCUGCUCAUCAACGUGAUUUUGACCAGCUUAUUCGGCCUAAUCACAUAUAAAGCAACUGAUAUUCUAGAACACACUGAAACUGGAUGGAAAUAAGUAAAAGCAUUACAUCGAAUUGUAUCAUCUCUCAUCAAAGUACGAUUUCAAUUCGCUUUAUAGAACCAGAUGCCGGACCUAUACUUCUAUGAUUGCUGUAAGAACAUCGGAACAUUUCCCAUUGUCUUGUGUGACUCAUUUUCUCCUGUCACAAUAUUAUAUCCAAAUUACGUGUUCAUUAUCAAGGCCUGUUUGUAAACACAGUGCUCAAUGAUAUUUAUUUUUUUAAAUUAUUAUUGGACAACGAUUUUAUUUGCGUAUCAACCAACGAAUAAAAUUCUCGGAUAAAUGUACAGUGAUACAGAACGUGGAUCUCCCCUUUUCUGACUAGAAGCAUUAGAGGAGCAGGAUGCCGCGAAAACCCCAUCUUCAAACAUUAUAUGGACUUAUAUUAUUGGUCGGUAUCGCAUGUCUGUUCAUGCUCAUCAGUGGCAGUACGAAAGAUCAUUCGUUAUACAACUCCAGGAAAGAUGUCAGGAAAAUACUCGGAGAAGAUGAAAGGAUGACAGACUCUGAACAACGUAAAGAUGACAGAUUUACAAAUGACCAAAGCCUCGCUGCCCUUUCAAGAAGCAAAGUCGAAGCAGAUCGCCAACGCAUAUCUGUCCUUCAACAACGCAAGGCACGGUUAAAGGAACAGUGCGCCCUCAUGAAGGAACACCAUCAAGUCCGAGAUGUAGCCCUAGAUCCGCCAGAACAACUCAUUGUCAACGAAGAGUAUCGGAUCAUCUACUGCAACGUACCGAAAGUAGCCUGCACCAACUGGAAGACCAUUUUACUGGAACUAGGGGGGUUUAGCGAAUUCAAUACUUCGAGAGAGGCACACCUUGGGGCUAAUAAGAAAGGUCGACUCUAUCUCGAUUACCUACACAACUACAAUAUCAGCCAGAGGCGAUUUAUGCUGCAGAACUACACGAAGUUCGUCUUCGUCAGGCACCCUUUCAAUCGCGUUCUUUCUGCUUUCCGAGACAAGCUUGCUCCAAACAUUUCCGUCUUUUUCCGGAACGAAGAUCGAAAGGGGACUUGGAUCUCGCAGUACGGGCAGCGGAUAAUUGACCGUUACCGCGGUAAGGCUGAAGCUGAUAGAGUCAACUCGAACUGGAAACAGCAAUACGACCUCACCUUUACAGAGUUUAUCCGGUUUUUGGUUGAUCCUGGAAUACAGUCGCACAACAAACACUGGGAUGACAUCCAUUCUAUAUGCAAGCCUUGUGAUAUCGAUUACGACGUCAUCGGCAAAUACGAGACGAUGAGCGAUGACGCAGACUUUGUUCUCAGACUUGCGAACAUUGACCCCAAAAUACAAUUUCCUAAACCACAUCCGUCACAUGUGACGAAUAGUUCGGACGGAUCGCUGGCUGAUACGGUCUAUCAAGGUGUUCCUAAAUCACUUAUGUAUAAACUGGCGAUGCUGUAUGCUGUCGAUUUUAAAUUGUUUGGGUACGACGCUGACCCGUAUCUACAAAUCUGAAAUCCGAAGUGACAAUACGUUAUUAUUUGAAUGUAUACUGAGUGUUAUGUUGCCGAUUUUGUAGUGUAAUUCAGACUUGGUAUUGGAUAGGGUUGGUCAUAUCUAGGUAGGCAAGCGACCGGCCUCAAUAUGGAAAAGCAAGGGGAGAGAGUAUAAAUAAAGAGGACUAAAGAUAAAGAACAAGGUCUCUCUAAAUAUGAGAAAUGAAAAAGACGUCUAAAAAAUCUUGCCGCAUAUCAAAAUACCCUGUGUCAUCCCAGGUCUUGGUCGUAAAAGUAAUAUCAACGGCAAUUAUUCAAGUGGUGUUUGCCUAUGUUUAUCCAUACAAUAACUUCAAAAUGUCUUUCCUACCUUCCAAUAAGACUUAAUUUCAGAUAUUUCGUACAAAAAUACAAGAAUGUACAAACAAAUUUUGAAGGAUUUGAGAUAUGUAUGGUGUUUUUUUUUUAGAUCACCGUUAUCAGCUGUAUUUAUUAUGCCUGUGUGCCGACUUUUAUAGUCAUCAAUUGUUGAGGGAGAUAGCUUAUAUCAUUACUUUUCAAAACACAUAGCAUCGUACGGUUGGUGAGUGUCUUUAAUUACGUUGUUACACCCCAUGUUUAUUUUGUUUACCGUAAGAUACUUUUCAUAUUUUUAUUCAGUUAUAGCAUAGCAACUUUUCAUAUAAAUUUCGCACACAAACAGAAAACAAAACCGGAACACUAAUUCCAAAUUGAUACAAUGUAUGGCACUAAAGAACAGAGAUGGUUUUCAUGAAUUAAAUGCACUCUGAAAAUUAAAUGGAUGUAAUGGGUAAAUCGCCCUUUAAAACGAUCGCGGAGUGACAGCAUUUUUAAUAAGGUUGGAAAGCGCUAUCUCUCCUCGGCCCUUUUACUCCUUUUCGCCUUCUGUGUUUUCAGAGUAUAUUAUGUAUAACCAAAUCUUAUUUGACAAAACAAAUUGGAGGAUUUCAGUAGCAUAUAACAUAGGGGUGUGAGAGUUCAGAUUUUUAGCCGAUUUCAGGUUUUUUCAGCUUAUUUUGGCUCCUCUAGGUACAAAAUGUAUGGGAGCUCUUUCUAUUUCAGACUUUUUCAGCACUCUUCAGCUUUUUUUCAGAUCUUUUUAUUUGUGACCACUCACACCCCUGAUAACAUUAAAUUGUAACUUGUCAUCGAUAUGAUGUGUGUGACUGACAGGGAAGUGUAUCAUGGAAGAUCUUGUCUGAAGUUUUAUCUGACACGUCUAAUCUAUCCGGCAGUUACCAUAGUUACAAUGUUUCUUAGCCAAUCAGAGUGGAGGAAAUUUGUCAAAUUUGACAACUUGUCGGACAACAAAUAUUGAUGAAACGCUCUUAUGAAUUACAUGUAGGGUCGAAAUCAUGGAUAUCUUCGACCUCCUACCUUAUGUUCUUGUUUAUUAAUUACAAUUUAACCUAGUGACAAAUUUGUUUCAUAUGAUUUUGUAAUACCAUACCAAUUUCAUGGUUUUGUAUUUCAACUCGUAUGCUUUCGCGUUGUCCAAUAGAAUCAGCAGCGUUAGUAUUAUAUAACCAACAAAAUAAUUGAAGAAAAGCUGAAGAAAAUUUCACUUUCACUAGCUUCCAGGAAAUUCAUACUGACCCAUAUACAUGUACGCUCUAUAACUGGAUACUCUAUGUACGCUAUC